CAGACAGAUUUGCCUUUGAAAAUGUGCAGCAGAACUUUUAAAGUUAUUUUAUCAAACGAGUAUUGUAACCGUGAACAUACCGAUACUUGGAUGAUAAAGCAGGAAAACGCCGUUUGAUAUCAGUAUGAUAUUCUAACAAUUUGUUCUGCACGGAUUUCAAUAGGGAAAGAUUGCGUCCGUAACCCGUUCGUCUCGGCUCGUGUGUAUUUCGUUCGAAACGUUACUUUGCUGCGCGUCUGGUGUUGAACCUUUGUGACCACAGCAGAAACGGCACCUCAUCAGUGUGGCAUCUCUCGGAAGGGAAAGGCACGCCUGUGUCGCCGAACAUACAGGGUCAGGAUGGAGGUGUCGAGGAGGCGGAUCUUACAGAAGCACCUGCAGCCAGCCAGACCCCUGCGGCGCUGCUGUACUGACCAGGACCCCUGCUUUAGAAAUGAGCCAUCUGCGUGUGGACAAGCUGGAGAAAAAACAAUUAACAGCAUUGGAGUGGAACAGUUUUUUGAAAUCCUCCAUCUCCAUACUCAGACACCACAAAAAGACUCCACCCCAACUAAAGUGAGGAUAUCUUACACUAGAGACUUCCUGAUUCAACUGGCCAGUUCCCCCAUUGCCAAAAGAAAACCGGACUUCUUACCAGAACAUCCUGUUGUUUUGGAAAAGGCGAGAGAACCUGGUGUGCCGUGGUUGGAGAAGAGGUUUGAUGAAGACAAUGAAAUGCUUGCCUAGGCUAACAUGGAGCCAGGAAGUCUGGUUGCUGCUGCUGCUUUUCAAACCACACACCACUACAACUUGCUCUGCCAUUGAGUGAUAUACCAACAACAACAAAAAAUCCCAGUUGAGCCCAGAACACCACAGGCAUGUUGUGCGUCCCAAAUAGCACCCUAUGUCCUAUUUAGUGCACUACUCUUGACCAGGGCCGAUAGGGUUCAGAUCAUAAACAGCCAUGACCAUGAGAGUUGUAAGCGAGAGGUAUAUCUUUUUUUUAAUUUUUUUUUUAGUUCCUUUGACAAAUGUUGGUUCCUUUGGUGGACACAAACCUGAAAAUGUACCGUAGCCUACAUGUUUUACAUUGUGCGUUUCAGUCUAAAAUAAUAAUGCAUGAUUGAA